UUCACGGAGAGGCGGCGUGGGGGCGUUUGUCUGCGGCGCACGGGCAUGAUGGAAGUAAAAGACGCAAAUGCUGCAAUGCUAAGUAAUUAUGAGGUAUUUAAGCUUCUGACUGAUCUCAAAGAACAACGGAAAGAAAGUGGGAACAAGAAACAUAGUGCAGGACAGCAGAAUCUUAAUACAAUAAUGUAUGAGACUCUUAAGUAUUUGUCCAAAACAUCUUGCAAAUAUCAGACUCCAGAAAUUGUAACUGAAUUUCUGACGGCCAUGGUUUCACAAAAACUUACCAAGGCAGAAAAACUUCAGCUCUUGAAUCACAGGCCAUUGACUGCUGUGGAGAUACAGUUGAUGGUAGAAGAGAGUGAGGAAAGACUAACAGAAGAACAGAUUGAAGAGCUUUUGCAAACUAUCAAUAACAUCCUGCCAGGAUGUCCGGAUGAGCAAACUGGAGCUCAGCAACAGGAGGAGGUGGACAUGGUGGCUGAAGAUGAAGUAAUCCAAAUGGAUGACUCCUAGCACGAUCAAAUGGAAAGAUACUCUCUGUUAAAUAGAUUGAUCUUUCUCCCUUUUCUAUUUAAACCUUCAGACUGUGUUGGGAUUCAAGUCUACAGAGAUUAUAUUUCAAAUAUUGUAUAGAUGAUUUUGUAUGUUCUAUACUGUACAAUGUGAGAUGUAAGUUGUUUGUCUUAAUUGAGUUUAUCUGUUCGCAAAUAGAGAAACUGAAGCACCUCAACUUCGAUAAUCGUACCUAAUAGAUGCCGCUUCAGUAUGAAAGCCGUUGAGACGACAUUCCUAGAAGGACGGAAGGGAUAAUAUUGGUUUGAUUGCAUUUUGUAAAUAGAAAUGCAAGGCUGUGCGUUCAGGAUUAUUUCUUAAAAUAAACAAUGCAUGUAUAUGAGACUCUGUACCUGAAAGUACUCUUCCAAAAAAUAAAGUUGUAAAUAUUUUUGUGACACU